AUGGAAUUCAGCUUCACAUUUUCACAGGUUGUUCCAAUUAUCGUUGCCAUUUUAGCGAUAUUCAUCUACUUUUUCGGAAAGAACAGAAACAAAUUAAUAGCCCACAAAUGGGCAAACACACUCGAGCCAUUUCUUAAAGAAAACUUCACAAAUAUAGGGGAAUUCGCAGGAGCAGAAUAUUUAAAGUAAGAGCCACACAGACAAUACACGAACCAAAUUUUCAGAAUUAUGGCAUCAGGAAGAAAAAGCUGCCUUUAUUUUGUUUCAAUUAUAGAGCUGACAAGAAGACACAAUAUCAUCUAUGCGACGAUUGGGAGAUUUUUUAGCAGUGAAACAGAUAGAUUUGCUUUUGAAAUCGUAGUAAAUGUGAAUCCUCCAUCUCCAGUGAUAUUUGCUCUAUUGAAAAAUAUUCACAAGAAGAAAAUUUUUAAAGAAUAUGAUGAUUUAGGGUGAGGCGAAAAAAAAACGCUGGGGUUUUUUUCGCCAACUUUUUCACCGUUAAAUUUAUAGGAAAAUUUUGAAUUUUCUCCAGAUGGCGGAAAAAACCCCAUAAUAAAAAAAAAAAGUAGUGGCGGAAAAAAAAAAACCCCAGCGAAAACAAAAACCGUCAAAGUCAGAGGAAAAAACCCCCAAAUGGUGCUAAAAACGGAGGAAAAAACCCCAAUAUACAAUAUAAUUAAAUGCUUAAAAUGAUAGGCAAAUAUUAGAGAAAAUACAAAUAAAGAUUUAUAAUUUAGUUACAAUAAAUCAAUUAAAACAAUAUUAAUAUAUAGAUGUAUAGAUUUAUUCUCAAAGUAACUAUAAAGCUAUGAUUAACAAAAAUAAUGGAAAAAUAUAAAAAUCAACUAUAAAAAAAAUUUACAAUCAAAACCUGGCGGAAAAAAAAAAAAACCGAAACGGUGCAAAAACCAGAGGAAAAAACCCCGAGUAUGGAGUGAAAAUUGGCGAAAAAAAACCCCCAAUGUUUUUUUUUUUAUAAUAAUUUUUUUCCAAAUAUUAUCAGUGAGGAUAGAUUUACCUGCUAAUUAAUUAAUUAUUAAGCUAUUUCAUUCUAGUUUGUCAAUCUAUGAGCUAUAUAUAUAUGCUAAAUCAUUCAGCGUUCUAAUUAUAAAAAGUUAUUUGAAUAAUAAAAAAGAAGGCGAAAAAUUUACUUUAAUACUAUCCAAUACUUAAACCAUAUAUUUACUUUCGAUGCAUCAUACCAGCUCAUCUUGUAUUCACCUGCGACAAACUGCACUAGCUCAUCUUGUAUCCACUUGUGGCACAUCCUGUUCUUGCUUAUUUUGUAUUCAACUGCGACACAUCCUGUAGAGAUCAUCCUGCAUCCAACUGCGAUAUAUCCUAUAUAGAUCGCUAUGAAAUAAUACCUUAACUCCCCCCCCCUCCGUGAGUGAACAAAACCAUUAGAAAAAUCGCUAUUUUUUGCCCAAAAACCCACCCUCCGUGAGUGAACAAAAAUUUUUUUAAUAGAAAAAUUUUUUAUGGAAAAAAAAUUUGAUAUAUAAAUGAUAAUUAUUAUAAUGAAAUCUAGAGCUAAUUCUGUUUAAUUUUACACGAAUUGCUUUUUAAAAACAUAAAUUUUUAUAAAUUAAAUUAAUAUUUGCUUUCCAAUUUUUGCGAAUUAGGAUUUUUUAAAUUUCGAAAAAAAAAACAUUUUUUAGAAAAUUUAUAUAUAAAUUUUUUUAAAAAAAAUAAAUUAACCCCCCUCCGUGAGUGAACAAAAUUUUUUUGUUCACUCACGGAGGGGGGGGGGAGUAAGAGGUAAAAUAGCGAUCUUACAAGUAAAAAUGGCAAUGACAAUUGCUAUUUUUAUAGCAAGUACAGAUUUGACUUGGCAAACUUUUUCUAUAGAUUGUAUUUGCCAAGCCAAACGUGAACUGGUGAUACAAAUGGUCUUUGCCAUGGUUAGAAGAAUUUUUAGAUAACUACUUUCGGUCUUUAGAUAUUGCUCUACAGAGAUAAAAAUAACAUAAAGGGGCUAUGCUAGUUCACCUUGUAUCCGCUACGACAAAUCCUGUACUAGCAAAACGUGUAUCCGCCUGCAACGCAUACUACUAGUUCACCUUUUAUUCAUCCUCGACAUAUCCUGAAAAGCUCAUAAUAAAGGUAGCAUAUAACUUAGUCUUAGCCUGAUUGAUGAGACUGGAGCAAAUAUGCUGAAUUGUAUCCGCUUCACCCAUUGUAUUGAAUAUUUAUAAAUCCAUAAACAUAACGAUGACCUCCCUUAUCUUCAUGUCUAUUGCAACAAAAAUUUUUCGAAAAAAUCUUUAUGCCUACUCAACACAACAUUUUUUAUAAAAAAAUUUAAUGCAUUUUUCUCUAGGUGAGUUUCUCAAAAAAAAAAUAAAACAGCGCACUGUAGGCGUGUCAAUGACCUUCUCAUCGAGAUUUGGACGUCUUGUAUCAUUGCUCGCCAUUUUAUUAAACUUAUCUUGUAAAAAAUACGGGAAAAUUUAAGAUGCGCAUCGAAAUUUGUUGCAAGAGAUAUGAAACUUAUUUUUCCUAUAUAAAAUUUUAUAUUGAAAAAUUGCAUUUUUGUUGCAAUAGACAUGAAGAUUGAGGGGGGGUCAUCGUUAUAUAAAAAUCUAUCCUCACUGAUAAUAUUUGGAAAAAAAAUUAUUAUAAAAAAAAAAACAUUGGGGGUUUUUUUCCGCCAAUUUUCACUCCAUACUCGGGGUUUUUUCCUCUGGUUUUUGCACCGUUUCGGUUUUUUUUCCGCCAGGUUUUGAUUGUAAAUUUUUUUUAUAGUUGAUUUUUAUAUUUUUCCAUUAUUUUUGUUAAUCAUAGCUUUAUAGUUACUUUGAGAAUAAAUCUAUACAUCUAUAUAUUAAUAUUGUUUUAAUUGAUUUAUUGUAACUAAAUUAUAAAUCUUUAUUUGUAUUUUCUCUAAUAUUUGCCUAUCAUUUUAAGCAUUUAAUUAUAUUGUAUAUUGGGGUUUUUUCCUCCGUUUUUAGCACCAUUUGGGGGUUUUUUUCCUCUGACUUUGACGGUUUUUUGUUUUCGCUGGGGGUUUUUUCCGCCACUACUUUUUUUUUUUUUAUGGGGUUUUUUCCGCCAUCUGGAGAAAAUUCAAAAUUUUCCUAUAAAUUUAACGGUGAAAAAGUUGGCGGAAAAAACCCCAGCGGUUUUUUUCCGCCUCACCCAUGAUUUACGUAUAUUAGCGCAAGAAAGACCAAAAUACACUAUGCCAAAUGGUUUUGUUAUUAUGUCUGAAAAUGAUGAGAGUGCGAGCUGGAUUCUUACUAAUGAAAUUUUGCACUAUAUUGAAGUGCUAGCUCCAAUUAUCGAGAUGAUUUAUAUUACUGAUUUAGAAAUUUUGCCAGUGAAAGCGCCGUUAACUUUAAGGUGCAAUUUUCUUUUGCCACAUAAUAGUCAAAAUAAAGUAAAUAGCCAGCAAAUUGAAUUGGCUGGAAAAUUUGCUUUGGCACUAGCUGAUAGAUUAAGUUUGUUUAGAAUUAGUAAUCAAGCACGGGAGUUAUGCUUGAAAAGUAGGUCGAAUUUAAGACCGAAAUCUGAAUAAUGCUAAAUAAAUGAAUAGCUAAUAUCUCUUAUUAAUUGCUAGAAUAAAAUCAUAGAUAUUAUGAAAAUAAUUUCUUGAUUGCUUUAUGUAUAUAUAUAUAAAGUAAGGUAA